AAAAAAAAAAAAAGAAAAAAAAUUUCACAAAAUAACCCAAAACUCAAAAACUUUUCUACCAAUAACCUUUUCCUAAAAAAAAAAUUUCCACUGACUUUUUCUCCAUACGAAAUUUCAAAAUUACCCUAGUUUUCUUCAACCUUCAGAUUGCACCAUAUUUCUUCUUCCUUCCACGAUUUCUUCAACCCUUCUUUCAAUGUGCAUUCAAAACACUACCAACAUUCCACCAAAAUAUUUAUUUCCAACUAAUAUUCUGAAGAGAAUGGAACGUCACUUUCAUUAUUCACUUUCUGUCAUCGAACUCCCCACGAAAUUCUCUCAUUGUUCUCUCGGAGUUUCAGCCUAACAUCUUCAUAUUCUCUCGUAACUUUCUCUCAUAGCUUUCAUCAUCAGAAUAAGUCCACAUUUCUUCUUCCUUCAACGGUUUCUUCAGCCCUUCAUUCAAUAUCAAUGGCGCUACUUCACAUCAUUGUACGAUUUGGUGGGGAUUGGGAUGAAUCCAGAAGAAAUUAUGUUGGUGGUCAUAUGAAAGGUCUGAAAGUCAGAAAUGAUAUAACAGUCAGUGAAUUAGUAAGUAUGAUGCACCAACGACUAAAUACCGAUCCGGAUAUGUUUGAUAUACACAUCAAAUAUUACUGCAAUCUAUUGGUCCCGGCUCCCCCAAUUAACAUAGUCGACGAUGAAGAUCUUAACUUCUUUUUAGAAGGCAAUGAGGCAUCCCGGAUGCCGUUAUUUGUAUCAAUUACACCUUGUGAAAGUCAUGGAGUACACCAGCAUUGCAAUCCAACCGAUCAAUCCAAUCCAAUUCAUACCAUGUCUUCACUUGAUGAUCAUAUUGAGCCAUGUAACUUAGGGGAUGACCGAAGUGAAGCUUGGUUUGGUCGGAACAGUGAACCCAGAUGUACUUCACAAUUCAAUACUAAACAUGGAUAUGGACAAUCUUCAGGUCUACAAACUUCUCCAACACCUAACAUCCAUGUUCCAACCCCACCUGCUUUCAUUACACCGGUUGUGAUGCUUUCGAUUCUAAUGCAUUCCACCAUUCCAACUGAACCAUUUGUUGAUAUACCUGGACCAUCAAAGGACCUAUCGUAUGACAACCUCGUCACAAUACCUCAUGACUGUUUGAAUGACGAGGAUAUAAAGGUCGGUCAAAUUUUCUUUUCGAAAUAUGGCUUGUCAGUUAAACUAUCGAUGCUUGCAAUAUGAAAGAACUUUGACUACCAUGUAAAAAAGUCGACAAAGAGCUUGCUAACUAUCCGGUGUGGAAUGCAAGUGGAGGGUCCGUGCAAAAAAAAUGAAAAGUGAUUCCUUCAAAGUGAUAAAAUAUCCCAAUGAACAUACAUGUUCUCUUGAAAUGAGAACUGAUUAAUCAUCGACAAGCAAAAAGUUGGGUAUUGGACACUUAAUAAAAUCCAAAUACGAACAAGUUAGCCGAACCUAUCGCCCAAGGAAUAUAAUUGAGGACGUCUAACGAGAAUAUGGAGUGAACAUUACCUACGGAUGAGCUUAUCACGCUAGAGAGUAUGGAUUGGUGUAUACACGAGGAUCGCCAAAAGGAUCAUAUGCUGUUGUUAGGGCAUAUGGCGAGGCACUUAAGCUUGCAAAUCCAGAUACCAUAUUUGAGGUUGAAGUAGAGGACAGACAAUACUUUAAGUACGUCUACAUAGCACUUGCUUCGUGUAUCAGGGAUUUUCUAAACUGCAUCCGCCCAGUAAUCGUUGUUGGUGGGACAUAUUUGCAUGAGAAAUACAAAGGUAUGUUUUUAAUAGCAUCGUGUAUCAAUGGAAAUAACAACAUAUAUCCUAUCGCCUUCAGUAUUGUAGAUGGUGAGACAAUGCAUCAUGGACUUGGUUCAUGACUCAUUUGAAGGCUUCGAUAGGAGACGUUCCCAAUCUAGUGAUUAUAUC